GUUCGUAUGUGAUGCGCUUUUAAGUAGGUCCGCAGCGAGAGGCGCAAGUAAUUGCGCGUUUUGGUGAAAAAGUUAAGAUAUCAGAAUCCCCACCUUGAAUUCGAACAGAAGGAAGUAUAUCAGUGCUCGGUGUGUGCACAGGUGUGUGCAGGAUGAUACAGGAACUGCCGCGUAUUGUCCUCAAAGGCAAGGAUUUGAGAAAAUUUCUAUAUCUGAAACGCAAAUAUCCAGUUUCGCAGGAGUUUUUGCACAGCAACUGGGCUAAUGCAAAGCGAUUCAUUAUCUACGCUCUACAUCCGCGCUGCGUGCUCCGCACUUACGCAUGGCGCAAAGGCAAUCACAGGGUCGUGAUCAUGCGCCGGGCCCGACUGCUUCUCUUCGACCCGCGACUGAAGCGUAUGAUCAAACGACGUAAAGCUAAUUCUAAGCAAUGGUCGUCAAACAUGGUACGAUAUUACAAGAAAAUGGGUCAUGUGAAGGAAUACGAGGAGACGGAGCUGUACGGCGAGGAGCUGUCCAAGCAGAUGAAGCAGCAAUUGGAGCUGCUAAAGAGCGGCAAACGUGGUCUAUCACUGAUCGAAGAUGCUAAUAAAAACAUUGAGCUUCGUCAAGAGCAGCCAGAAGAGAACGUAGAAGAAGAGAGGGCGGAGACAACUCAGCAGGCAGAAGAGGAGAAGCUGGAAGAGCAACAUAUAGAAGAUGACUCAGUAAAAUUAUUAGCAAUAAUCGAAGGAACAUUAAACCAAUCGGAUCAAUCUAAAGAGAAGCUGGUUCGCCGACCUACUAUUGAAAUGGAGUUACUGGAGGCAUCUGCUGUAUCGCCCACGAGCAAAAGCGACAAGCCGCUAGAAAAGGCGGUGGACAGCAAAUUUUUGGAUAUGCUAAUGAAUAAAGUGCGUGUCAAAACCUUUGCCAAAGAGCUAAAUUUCUCCAGCUCCGAUAAUGGACUGAAUGGUACAAGCGACAAACCCGCCGGUGAGGGAACAGCCGACUUAAGCUUUAAUGACGAAGCUAGCGAAGACUUCGUCGAAUUCGAUGACAGCGCCCAUCAACCGGGCAUGCUGCUCACGCCUCUGGUUCCACAGAGCUUCAAAACAGUGGAUGGCAACGGGGCCUUCGUCAGCGAUGCGCUGGAAGCUUAUAUGAAGAAGAAUAACCUGCGCGAUACUCGCUCGGCAGAUCGUGAGCUGCUCGAGCCCAUGUACCAGGAUGGGCGUGUCACGGCGCAUAGUGUGCCGCCGCAUAUGGAUAUGCCGGCGGUGCCGGACAGCUUACAGAAGCUGCGCACUGUUGCCGAACGGCGGCACUAUCUGCAGCGCUCCAAGAACCAAAAAAUGGCCAUCAUCAAUAACGAGGCGAACAUCUACCGCGAGUUGCAGCGCAAGCAGCGGCAGCGAAAGGUGAAAAUCGCCGCAAUGCAGCAACUUCAGUCGCCCAUCACUCAAAUGCCCUUCACCCGGCAGGGCUGGCAGGCGGCCAGCUACGUGUCCACGGAGACGGAUAAGUAUUACUACCAGGUCAUACGCAUCGAUGGCGAGAUGGUGCGUCUGCCUGGCAGCCAGGGAAACAACGCGCACCGCGAAAAGCAGCCGCAUCGCAACGCGCUCACUGCGCAGGAGUUGGCCACGCUUCAGUGUAGCAGCCGGUGCGUGGACGCGGCUUUACGCAGUGAGCUGAAAGUGAUCCCCACGCGCCAAACCCAGCUGAAAGGCAAACUGCAGAAGCUCAAUCAGUAUCCAUUGCCAGCCGUAUUCAGGCCCUGCCCGCUUUCACAGAAGCCAUAUCAGAAGCCGCUAGACGACGACACGGCCGCCCUCUUGCUGGCCGGCGGGAGCAUGGCCGUGGUCAGCAUGCCCACCGUGCAGCUGGACGUGAAGCCGCAGCUGGGCCGGCCAUUGAAUGAGAUCGCCAAGCGGUAUUUGCAGUACAUCCUGCCGCACCAUGACAUUACGCGCGAGUGGGCUGAGUUCAGCGUCUCCACACUGCAGGAAUCACCCAACAGCAUGCGGGAGGCGGAGGCACAGGCCGCCGUCCAGUCCACAAAAGUCGGCAGGCGCAAAAGCUUUACAUUUGUGAUACCCUAUAUGAACGAUCGCAAUCACAUUCUGGUGCGUCGCGUUGUCGAUCGCUCCGAGAAGUUGGACGAGAGCUUUAGUGCUUCUCAACCGCCAGAGAGACUGCGCGACUUAGAGUUUCGCAAACUGCUGCCCGAAAAUGCAGAUGCCAUUGCGUUGGAUUGUGCGGACAUGGUAAAUGAUAUGAUCAACACCGUAGCUAUUAGCUGCAGCGAGAACUCGUUCAUUAGCGUUGAUUCCGAUGCGGUACGUGGUGACGCUAUGGAUGUAAGCCCCAUUAAAGAGGAGUCUGCUGCUGCCGGCAAUUCGAAUGCGGCUGAAGUCGAUGCCCAGACAAAAUCGGGGCUUAAAUGCACCCAAGCCAACAGCAAGCCACGCCCCAACAAGCAACAGCGUUUAGCCAAGGAGCUGCGCCGCCUCAACGCCACCAUAAUCGAUGCAGCCGCAAUUGCCAAAGAUGCGAAUAAACCGUGCAGCAAGGAUUUCUGUCAACUGGGAUGUGUCUGUGAGAGCGUGGGUGGGGAUCUGGCCCCUCGGGAACAUUGCGGACGUGCGGACUGCGUGUUGGAAUGCAGCUGCACGGGAGCCGAGCUUACGCGCAUUAUGCGCGUGGAGACUGACGGGCGCGGACUCUCGAACGAGGAUGCUUUCAACUUGCGUCGCAAGGCAACGGCGCGAUUGGCCAAAAUGGAAAAGGACUUCACCUCGACGCUGGUUCUAACUGACAACGAGACGCUGCUCAUCAACGAAACACAGUGUGACAAGAAGCGUCGGUGCACUAAGGCGCCCAAGCGCUACGAGGACUUCGACGACUCCAUCGAGGAUGAUGAGGAGCCACUGCGUCCCAGCAAGUUUGCAAAGCGCGAUAUUAAUCUGAAACGCACACGCAGCAGCACCGAGAGCGUCCACAUGUCGCUUAAUGAGCCGUGCUCAAUAAAGGAUACGGAUUUUGACCAAUUGAAGCAUUGCCAGGUUGCGCUGCGCCGCCUGCCCGAUGUCGCCAACUUGGCUACCUUCUGCAUGACCCAUCAGCUAUACAAAUGUUUCUGCGGCGGACUAGCGGUGGAAGGCAAGCCUGUUAUAAUAGAGAAGGAAAAAGACGACCUGCCCAUACCUCAUUAUGUUCCUGAACUGGCGACCCGCGCUCACUACAGCUUCGAACGACCACCGGAUGAGUCAAACAAGAAGCGGCGCAAGGAGAAGGCAAAGAAAAUAACGCCACAGAAGCAACUGAGCAAAGACGUUGCUACCAUUAGGCUGCAGCCAGUUAAACUGCUACCCAAGCCAGCGCCUGUUUUGAAAGUGGAAGUACCACCUGUGCCGGCCGUGGUAGUGGUGCCGCAACGUCCCGCCGAGCUUGAUAUAAUCUUCAGCUACUAUCGCUCGCGGCCCAAUUUCUGUCGCCGGGUGGUGUCCGUGCCCAGGAAUUGCUAUUUGCGUUUGAACAGGCGCCGUGCUGAUCGCAUUCGCGUGGAGGCAACACGAGCUGAGACUCCGAAAACACAGGCACUGCUCGACCAGCGUGUGGCCAGCGCCGUUAGCUACUAUCGCUCUGAGCUUGAACAACAGCGCCGCUUGGCGAAAUCGGCGCAGCUUGCAGAGCUAACAAUAAUUGAAGUCGCUGAUGAUUCGGAUGAGAGUGAAACGGAGUCUAUGGCAAGCAAACGCAGCGCAAAAGAGGAAGUGAACUUGCAAGAGCCGGAUGUCAAGCGAAGGAAGCUGCAAGCAGAGGAAACAGAGCCAGCAGAUAAAACAGCCAAGCAGACCGAACCGCAUAAAGUACAGCCCGCAACCAAACUGGAAAUUCAAAUGCCCAAGAUAUCAGCUUGCUAUUCUCUGAACGCCAACGCCCUAGAUGUAGCCGUGGGCAGCAAUGAGGUGCCCAUAGCUUUGCCCAUCAAUGAAGACAGUCCGAGUGUGGAUUCUGUCUCGUUCCGUGCUUCUUACAACGAAGUCAUCAAGAAGAUGAACACCCAUGUGAGCAAGAAAAUGCAGGACAUCGAUCUGGCGCUGCAGCGUGAGAGCAAAAUAAUCCCAGCACCGAACGAGGAGAUAUUGUGCAUCAUCAAGUGGGCUAACUUCCUGGCCGCCUUCCAGUCCAACUAUGUGUUCAUCUGGGAUGUGCAAAUGAAGAACCACAGCUUCCUUGCGGCUACGAUAACGAACAUGAUGCCAGCCAUUUGUGGUGCCAUUGCCGUGGUCAACACGCACUUCGCUCCAGACCGCAACAGCUUACCCCUGAUGGCCCGCAUGCUGCUGGAGGGCAAGCGAAACGAGAACACGAGUCGCCUGGCUGUGGUGAUGCAGGGCAGGCAGCAGUACUGGCUGGUCAAGGGCUUCCUGCGUUACAUGGAGGGUAACGCGUGCACCAAGCCAACGCCGCAGACGCAUCCCGUACUGACAAAGAAGAUAAAUGUCCUCUGCACUCUGAUGGUGAAGCAGCGCAUUAGGGAGCAGCAACGUCAUCAGCGGCCAGCAGCGACUGCUUCUGGGGCGACGGCCAAUGUUGUUGGCACCAAAGCAGCAGCAGCUAACUCCAAGUCUGUAACUGCAGUUCCAGCUCGUGCUCCGCCUCCAGAUGCACCUGCACAAAGCGCGCCAGCUGCUGCUCCUUCCACAUCACCCUCAGUAUUAGGUUCACCUGCAGUUGACAUUGCGCCGAUCCCCGUCCCCACAUCCACAUCCACAUCUGAGGGCAAGGCAUCUGCCAACAGCAAGGAACCCUCACUUAUUUGCAGCAACAUCGAGUUCCGUAAAGUUAUGCAAGCGGAUAUUCCAGACCUGCAGAUUCCGGAGCCACACACGCACGAUCAUCGCUGGCUAGUGCUUAAUUUGUAUGAUGACUUCUCGCACAUCUUCGUGCCGGCCUUCAAGGACAUGAUCUCAUUGGAUCGCAUACACAAUGUGGCCCGCGUCGCACGUGACACCAAUAAGAUGGUGAAACUGCAGUUCUUCCAGGACGCCCCCUAUGAUGCCUUCGUAACGCCAUCCUCGAAGCGGGUCAUCUACUUUGGACCGCUGCCACUGGACACGCCGCCUCCUGUGCUGGUGCUGCUGCAAAGUGUGGACGGCAAGAUGAUGUUACGCGAGGUCUACCAGCGGAAUCAUGACAUCCCGGUACAGCGUGAAAGGCGUACCAUGGCCUUCUGGCUGCUUCAGAUCAAUGGCCAAGUCCAUUUCAAUAUUGAUUUGCCAGGAGGGGCUGAGUCGUCGCCAACGUCGAACACGUUGGAGCAGGCAGCAGUAGGCGCAGAGGCAGCAGACACUGAUGAGGAUGAUGAUUGUGUGAUCGUCAUCAACGACGAUGACGAAGAUAAAGCAGUGAACGAGGUGGCGCAGCCAAACGCGACGGCUCAGCUGAAGCGGCACGCCAAACAGGAGGCGCCAAUAACCGCACCGCUCAUAAACUUCACCAUUCAGGCGUUACCCCAUGGCGCCAGCAGCAGUGGAAGCAGCAGCCUGCACAUAACAGCAGCUGUUCCCCAUACAGGGCCAAUGGUCAAGGAGAUCAAUAGCAAUGUUCUAACCGGCGCGUUUAUGCCUUUCAUUUCGAACGUGCCCGCCGUGUGCGGCACGGUGCCAGUCACACAAUUCCUAACACCACAGGUGCAGCUCACCCAGACAUCGGCGCCGUCGCCACCAGCCGUUGCCAGCAGCGAACUUAAUGCACAGCCGCAGCCAGCCAAAAUUAGUCGCAUCUCAGUGCAGAGGUGUGCCCCGGCAGCCAGUGCAGCAACUUCCGUUAAGGAUCCGAUGGCACCCAAGGUCAACAACACGCUGCAGCAGCUGUUGAGCAACAACACCAAUGGCAACAUUAAAAUGGGCAACACCACAGCUGGCCUAACAAUCACCAAGAUGAGGACCAAGGAUAACGCUGCUUCACGGCCUGCCGCCGAGCCCAUAAAAAUUGGUGCCAAGCGCAAGUUGCAAGAACUGCCAGCGGGUGCGGCAGCUUCCUCUGGAAUGCCUACGCUGCCCAAGCCGACAUAUGCCAGCGGCAAUUUGCCGCAUCUGACGCGUGCUCCACAGCUGAAAUCGGCGGCCAAGGCAGCUCAGUUCACAGGGCUUAAGUCUUUGGCACCCAAGCCACCCUGUGCCGUGGAGCCAAAGAAGCACUUGCUGAAUGCCAAGGAGAAGAAUGGAUUUCUGGUGGCCAAGAACUUGCCUAGUUUCAAAGCGAAACUAGUGGACAGCAAGCUCAUGGUCAAACUGCCAGAUGAGGGCCUCUACUCGUUCAAAACCGGCCACGCCGCCAGCGACUAUCUCAACCGAUAUCUAUCCCGUGAAUUGAGCCUGAAGGGUUCUUUGCCAGGCGAUUGGAAGUUUUUGCCAUUUGAAAAUAAAAGUCUAAAUCAAAAAGAUCCACUUGCAGCCCCCAUUGUCAUCGAAGAUUGAAAACAUGCAAGAAAAAGAAAAAAGCAGAAAAAGAAUAUUGAAGAAAAUACCCGCGCAGCAGCUA